ACACACAAACAACUACAACUACAGCUACAACUACUACUUAACAUGUUUAGGCAAGCCAAGAGAAGAACGGCCGGGCGCCGAAACUUCGACACCAAGAACGUGAUCUACCAAUCGUCCAAAUUGGCGGCGUUGUACACGUCCAGGCUCUCUUUCUACGACAUUCCUCCGCUUGAAGAAAUCACCUUGGAAGAGUUUGAAAGUUGGGCCAUAGACAGAUUGAAGGUUUUGAUUGAAAUCGAGUCUUGUACUGCCAGAAGCAAGUCGUUCAAGGAAAUCGAACAGAUCAUCAAGCCGGUGGUAAACAAGUAUCUUCCAUUGUCACCAUUAAUUGAAGGUAAAAAUGAUGCCCAGGUGUUACAGGAACGUAAAAAGGACCACUACAGCCACUAUAUUUUGCGGUUGGUGUUCUGCCGCACCGAUGAGUUGAGGAAGAAGUUUGUCAAGAACGAGAUGCUUUUGUUCAAAAUCAGAUAUGGCAACAUGCAGUUGUCUGAGAAGAGCCAGUUUAUUGAAUUGCAUAACGAUACAUUGGACUGGAACUAUAUCGGGGCUGAAGAGAAGACUGAGCUUUUCGAGGACUUGUUCAAUGCCACCAGUGCCAGCAUCCGUACACAAAUGAUGCUUGACAAUGAGAAGCUGACCAUCACUGGUGAACAGUUAAGACAGCACAUUCUCCGGAACGAGAGCUUUAUCAAGCUACCGUUCGAGAAAAUCCCCAACUUGGUGGGAUCUAGGUCCAUCUUGGUUCGCCAGGGUUACGGGUACAUCCCCACCAGCUUCCAGUUGAACUUGUUGGUAAUUGAAGUCCAGGAGAAUUUGUCCAAGAACUUGGUCAAGACCUUCCAGGCAAUUCCCCGUUUGGACGAAGAUGACCGGUUGGUACCCUUGUUGCAGGCGUUAUCAAAGAACUUCUCGAGUGUUCAAUAUGAUAGCAAUUUCGGUGAUGAAAGUGCCAGUGACAUCAAUGCUACAUCCAUCACCUCUAACAAGAUCAUGAGCCAUUAUCCGUUGUGUGCCAAAGUGUUGCAAAAGAGUUUGGUGGCCAACCAUCACUUGCGGUUUCAAGGCCGUCAACAGCUCUCAUUGUUCUUGAAAGGAAUCGGGUUGAACGUGGACGAAGCAUUGAGGUUCUGGAGUACCCAGUUCACCUCUGGUAAUACCGGCAUCUCCUUGGAAAAAUUCAACAAGGAAUACAAGUAUAACAUCCGUCACAGCUACGGGUUGGAAGGGGCCCGUAUCAACUACAAGCCUUGGGACUGUGCCACCAUCUUGUCCAAGCCCAAGCCCAACAAAAGUGAAUCGCAUGGGUGCCCAUACCGAGACCUAAAACUCGAGGUGCUUGUGGACAACUUGAAAGAUAUGGGUAUCACCGAACAGUCAGACUUGAAUGUGAUCAUAGACGACGUCAACAAGAACAGCUAUACGGUUGCAUGUACGCGAGUGUUCGAGUUGACGCAUAAGAAGCAGUUAAAGCCCAAUGAGAACUUGCAUAUCAACCAUCCCAAUCUCUAUUUCGACCGGUCCCGUCAACUAGAAAAAGCCCAAAGCUAGAAUGUCUAUUUAUCUAUGUAAUAUAAGGACGGUGCCAGACCAUAGAGUAGUAUCAGGUGCCGGACCUAGAGUUGUAACGAGGCCAUCACGUCGCGGAACCCCCACCACGACGCUCCACAUCCACAAACCCCAACCCAGAAAGGUGUCAAGCACCCGUCGUACAAACUCCAGUGUAACACCAACGGCAUCUGGAUCACCUGCUUGAACAUGCUGAUUUUCCACGAUCGGUUCCAGUCCUUGACGGGAGUUCUCCUCAACAACUCCAUGAUCUCCACCAAAAUGUACACCCCCCACACUCGACAACACCAAAUAUACGUGAAAAUACACCACCAAUUGUUGUCGCCAGUGGCCACCCAGUCGUGCUCCGUCAACCACCCGGCAUUCUCAAGCAACUCCAACACAAAGCAGUUCAACGACUGCAAUAAGUUGAUGAAGCGGGUGAAUUUGGGAGUAUCACUGGAGGGUAACAAAAACGCAUUAAACUCUCCCGCUAUCCAUGGCACGUACUUUAUACAGUCGCCCAAGCGGUUGAAGAUACGCACGUCAGCCACGUACGUGUUGAUGUUCUUCAAAAUUUUGCCGAGUGUUGAAGGUUUCUCCACAAGUUGAUGCUCUACUGCCAACCGGUUGAGCCAUUUGUUUGGAGACAGGGCAAGGCUCACGCCAAAUCUGGUCUCCACGAGCUUGACGAGCUUGAGUCGCUGGUCUUGUAAAGAGCGUCGGAUGGAGGUUUUGUUAUUGAGAAUACUGGACACAAGCAAAGCGAAAUAGCAGGUGAAGUAUAAGACGGAAUCGAUGGUGGAUGCUUUGGUCAACACCUUGUCGUUAAGCUCCUGGUAGAAUUUGGGGGACAAGAUGGUUUUCUUCAAGGCUCUGUUGAGCAGAAGCAACAUGCCGAGUGGAAUACCAUUUCCCUUUGUGGGCACUGGUGCAAUAGCCAUAGACAUUGUUUGAAGUUUGAUUUUCUAAAGGAGUCGCAAUCACCUCGGACGCAAUUCCCCAAAGCAGUCAUAGUACACACUCAAUAUUAUAUCCAUUAAAUUACAUGCUAAAUAUCA